AUGGCCGACAAUCCAAGUGCCGCCUGGCCCGUUGCCGACGAAGCGUUGUCGCAAAAGAUUCUCGACACCGUCCAGCAAGCUUCUCACUACCGCCAGCUCAAGAAGGGUGCCAACGAAGCCACCAAGACUCUCAACCGCGGCACCGCCGAGCUAGUUGUCCUCGCCGCCGACACAUCUCCCCUCGCCAUUCUCCUUCACCUGCCCCUCCUCGCCGAAGACAAGAACGUACCGUACGUGUAUGUGAACAGCAAGACCGCGCUGGGCCGAGCUUGUGGUGUGAGCAGGGCGGUUAUUGCGGCCAGCAUUACCACGAACGAGAGUAGCGAUUUGAUGCCCCAGAUUCGGGAGCUCAAGAAUCGCGUGGAGAGAUUAAUGAUCUGA